GAUAGAGACAGCACAGAACGGAAUAUUUCUCUCUCCUCUACUUCAAUUCUCAUGUUUGCACGGCGAACGCUUGCCCGCAUCUCCUCCCAGCCCUCGCCGCUGGGAGCUGCACCACAAAAUGCCCGUAACAUGGCAACCUUGCGGGAAAUCGAGCUGCGGUUGAAGUCGGUCAGAAAUAUCGAGAAAAUCACGAAGUCCAUGAAAAUGAUUGCUUCGACCAAACUUGCCAAAGCACAACGCGCCAUGCAAAGCGGCAAGCAGUACGGUCUCGCUAACUCUGUGGUUUUCGAAAAUGCAACCGCUGAGAACCCAGCCAAGCGCAAGCUCUUCAUUGUGGUUUCGUCCGACAAGGGUCUUUGCGGCGGUAUCCACUCCUCUGUCUCUAAAGCCACGCGCCGCGCGCUGGCUGAUGAAGAGAAUGUUGUCGACUCAGACUCUCCUGUCAUGGUUAUUGGUGACAAGUCAAAAGCCCAGUUGUCUCGUGCUGUCCCACAAAACCUGGCUCUCACCUUCAACCAGAUUGGGCGAGACAUCCCUACUUUCGCCGACGCUGCUGGUGUUGCAGAUUUGAUUGUCAAAAGUGAUGCCAAGUACGACAGCAUUGCUAUCGUUUACAAUAAGUUUGUCUCUGCCAUUUCUUACGAGCCAGCAAUUGUCGAAGUGUUGAAUGAGAACACGCUGAAGGAGUCGCCGGGCUUCAAGGUAUAUGAGAUGGAGGACGAUGUUACCAAAGAUCUCGCCGAGUUCUCACUAGCUAACGCUAUCUAUGCUGCCCUGGUCGAGGCUCACGCUUGUGAACAAAGUGCUCGUCGUAAUGCUAUGGACAAUGCAUCGAAGAACGCCUCUGACAUGAUCAGCAGUUUGACGAUGCAGUACAACCGUGGUCGCCAAGCCGCCAUUACCAACGAGUUGGUCGACAUUAUCACUGGUGCAAGUGCUCUGUGAGCUUACGCGGAAGUUGCUAGAGUCUGGAGUAUUACACAGCGUACUCGUGUCCUUUUACGUUUUGUAGUAGGUAACGAGAUUCAAUUCCGGAUGUUAUCGAACCACCGCACGGCUUUCCGGCGUACUCGCCAGGUGAUACAUACAGAGAUACAUUAGAAGAAUUAUUCAUGGAGUUCAGUUAAUAGCGAUGUCGGACAUAUGAUCGAUCGUCCUGAAAACUCCAACUGACAGUUUUGAGCAAUAGUGAAAAUAGAAUAAAAUGACUGAUA